AUGGAUGUGGUUGGUAAAGUUAGCAGCAUCCUUACUCAAGGCAUGUACUCUGUAGCCACGCCAUUUCACCCGUUUGGUGGGGCCGUCGACAUAAUUGUGGUUAAGCAACAAGAUGGGACGUUUAGGAGUACGCCUUGGUAUGUACGAUUUGGGAAAUUUCAGGGUGUUCUCAAGGGCGCGGAGAAGAUAGUGCAAGUUGAGGUUAAUGGUGUUGAAGCUGAUUUUCAUAUGUAUCUUGAUAACUCAGGCGAAGCAUACUUUAUUAGGGAAGUUGAUGAAGGUUCGAAUGGCUUGGACAAUCUUGAAGGUGGUGUAUGCAGCAACCAUUGCAAUAGUUUUCAUGACGGUGUAGGUGAAUUUAGUGGCCAAGAUAAUGACAAGGAAGAUGCACACCUAAAUAUUCGAGCAGAAAAGCUAAGGAGAGUUGAGUCUGAUGCUGCUGCGUACGUGUUCUAUGAGUUUUCAGAUGAACACACAUCUGUGGAAGGUUCACCUAAAAUCUCUGAAUAUAGUCCAAGUAGAUAUGACACUUUAGAUAGUGUGGAGCAUGCACUAGAAUCACAAGAGUCAAAUUCCGAGGUAGUUUUGGUGAGCGUGGAUGGCCAUAUACUGACUGCGCCCAUAUCAUCAUCUGAGAAGACGGCUGAAAAUGUGCAACUAAGCACUCCCCAAUUCCACCUUGGUCCUGGAGGCGGGACUGAAGAGUAUAAUUCAGGUGAAGGUAAUUUGGCUUCUGAUAGCUUGUCUGAUAUCCAUAGAGUUGGAGACACAUGUGAGACAAAUAGUUUGUCUUCCGAACACCAUCAAGCUCGAGAUGCACAGCAUACGGGAGGAACUCAGGACAAAACUAAUAGUGACAAGUUAUGCAUUGAAAGUAGUCCUGAUAACAACUCAAUUGGUAUGGAGAGGAAGGAUACCUUUCAGAGUUGCUUGGAGCUCUCACAAUUGGCCAUACACUCCAAUCAAGAAAAUCCGUGCUCGUCAAUUAAGAUUGAUGAGACUACUGGAUGUCCAAUCAACGACUCUUCUCCAGAUUUGCAUGUUGAAGCAACAACUCAAGGAAAAUAUGGUUGUGGAAUGGAUUACGAUGGUUGUUCUGAUCGGUUGCGUGUUCAAAUUCCUAGCAACGAUCAGGGAUCACAUGAGCAAGUGGAUGUGAAAAAAAAUCAAAGUGACAUGGAAGAUCCUGCUGCUCCUGAAUCUUGUAAAGGCAAACUUGUAAGAAUAAGUACAGAAGCUCCAGUGGAAUUCCCAAGAUCAGAUGGCAUUACAGCGUUGGAGAUAUCUCUUUGUGGAAACUUGCUUCAUGCUGGAAUGGGAUCGCGUGCAGCAGACACCGUUUUUAAUGCAAACCUCAUAUCACCCGAGGAAUUUAAAGCUUCAGGAGAAUUUAUCAUAAAGAAUCAAAACUUAAUUGUUAGAAUACAAGGGAAGUACUUGCCCUGGCGCAAAGCUGCACAUGUUGUUCUUGGUAUAGCAGCUUUUGAUUUUGAGUUACUGGUCAACCCCAAUGAUGUAAUACAUGUGGACAUAGGGAUGACAGAUGUAGAAGACGAUGAUUCGGGAAUGCCUUUGACUCCAUCGCGCAGAUGGAGGCUUUGGCCAAUCCCAUUUAGGAAGGUUAAGACACUUGAGCAUACUAGUAGUAUGUCAUCUGAAGAAGCUUAUCUGGAUUCCGAGGCUGUCUCACCCAGCCAUUCUACAUCAACAACAUCCGGAUAUCCAGCAACCGAUUCUCCUCGCAAGCAAAUUAUAAGAACCAAUGUCCCUAACACUGAUCAAAUCGAAUCUUUAAAUCUUAAAGAGGGACAAAAUAUGGUGAAUUUUGUUUUCUCGACUCUAGUCCUGGGACCCCAAAAGGUUGAAGCUCAUAUAUACUUAUGGAAGUGGAAUACACGCAUUGUAAUUUCAGAUGUUGACGGGACAAUUACCAAGUCUGAUGUUCUUGGCCAGUUUAUGCCUUUAGUAGGAAAAGACUGGACGCAUUCUGGGAUAGCUCAUCUUUUUUCUGCUAUAAAGGAGAAUGGAUACCAACUCCUAUUUCUAAGCGCACGGGCAAUUGUUCAAUCGUACUUGACAAAAAGUUUUCUAUUCAAUCUCAAACAGGAUGGCAAGAGCUUACCAACCGGACCUGUUGUUAUUUCCCCUGAUGGUUUAUUUCCUUCAUUAUAUCGGGAGGUGAUAAGAAGAGCUCCCCAUGAAUUCAAAAUCGCAUGUUUAGAGGAUAUAAAGGCACUGUUUCCUCCGGAAUACAAUCCGUUUUAUGCUGGAUUUGGAAACCGAGACACAGAUGAACUCAGUUACCGUAAGAUUGGGAUUCCAAAGGGAAAGAUCUUCAUCAUCAACCCUAAGGGGGAGGUUGCCAUCAAUCAUUGCAUCGAUCUGAAAUCAUACACUUCAUUGCACACACUCGUGAACGAUAUGUUUCCCUCGACCUCCAUGGUCGAGCAGGAAGACUAUAACUCGUGGAAUUACUGGAAGAUGCCAUUGUUCGACCUUGACAAUAUGUAGGUUGUAUUUAUGUUUGUGUCGUUGGUUUGCGCCUGUCAAAAUGUCUGUUCACUGUUUUUGGAUUAGUGAGGAGUUGUGAAUAGCAAAUAAUUGUAGGAAACUCAUUUGUGUACCAUAGAAAUGAAACUCCGACCUAGGAAAUUUGUAAGCCUCCAUUCGG